AUGUUGAAUUACAUGGAAUACGUAGCACGAUCUUUCCAAAAUGCAACUAACUGGAAUCCAAGUUCAAACAGUUAUGAAUAUAUCACUGAAACGGCUAGGUCAUUAAUAGAUUUCCAAAUACCUGACUCCUUUAGGUUCCAAUUAUCAAAUAAUUCAUCUAAUGUCAGUUAUAACACUUUGGAAGUCACCACUAAACAGAAUAAUUUGCAAAAUAAGAAAGUUCAUGGGUUUCUAACAUAUCUCUAUACCAACAUGGAGAAUUUACAUGAGAUUAUACUUAGUUCGUCGAAGAUUAAUUUACAAGAUGCCACACAAACAUAUAAACAUAUACAUCCGUCCUAUUAUAAACGAAGGAGGGGUCAUAAUUAUUUCGAUAAUGGGAUAGAGAAAAGUAAGGAUAAUUUAUCAUUGUAUUAUGGUAGAAUGUACUACCCCAGUUCAGAUUUGGAAGCAAUGAUAAUAAAAAGAUUGAAUAGAAAUAAUCAGAUGACUUUGAAAUGGCUAAGUAGUUCUGCUUAUAACUUUAAUAUAAUGACUCUUUAUUGGCAAAAUAAAUCAAGGCAAAAUAGAAAUUUCCAAGAAUUCAUAUUCUCAACAAACGACUAUCUUUGCGGGUAUCGAAUUCUUCAUAAUUCUCUUUCAACAUCAUCCAAAUUCAACAAUUCACUGUAUAAUAACUCUACACUAUCAAUUGGGGCAGAACUUUGGUUAAGUUUGAAAUCUAUGAAUCCCGGUUGUUCUACAAGUUUGAGGUAUUGUACUCAUUCUGCAAAUACGGGGAGACCAUUGACGUUGACAGUGUCUUAUAAUCCAUUGUUUGGACAUAUUUCUUCUUCAUAUUCAGCAAAAACAAGUCUAAGCUCAACAUUUUGUACAAGAUAUGAUUUCAAUAUUUAUUCAAUAGAAUCAAAUUUGUCCUUUGGUUGGGAAUUCUGGGGAACUGGAAAACAGAAAGAAUCACUAUUACCACCAAAUACAAUAAAUAAUACUAGUAUAGUACCCAACAUGGCGAUCUUGAACAAUGUUAACGGGACUAUACCGAAUAAUAUCAGUGAUGAUGGUAUCAUAUUAGAUGAACAUUUCAGUGAAGGAACGAGAAAAUCACAAAUAUUACCAACCAUGGAAUUAUCCCCGACCACUUCAGAAAGUCAGCAAAAAUUAUUGCAAGAUCUGACAUAUACAUUUUCCUCAUCUUUAGAAAAAAUAGAUAAAGAAAUGACAUUGAUUGAUAAGUUUCAAAAUAAGUUUGAAAUGACCAAUUUUACUAGCGUUUGGAAAUUUAGUACUUCAUUACGAGAUAAGAAUUUGAAAGCUAAAUGGGAGGGAAAAUUUAGGGGCUUUUUAGUUUCAAUAGGAACAGAAUUGUUCACAACUACCCCAGAGCCAAAGACAAACUCAUCAAAACCUGCAUUCAAACAUGAAAAUAAUAAUAGCGUACUUCCAUUACAUCCUGCCAAAUUCGGUAUCGAAAUUCAAUAUUCCUCAUAA